UGAGGGGAGUGGCAGGCUAAUCCGGCAGACAGAGACUGUCUGUUCAUCAUACGACACAUUCUGCAAAACACUUUCCUUCUCUCCUUUUUCAGCCAUGGCGUUAACUGCAAUUCUCGAGAUUGUUGAUCUAAAAGGAGUAUUACUCUUUGUGAUUGCCUUUCUCUUGGUGGCAGACUUCCUGAAGAACAGAAACCCAUCGAAUUAUCCACCAAGCCCUUUCUCUCUUCCACUCGUAGGAAACAUUUUUCACAUGCAUUCCAAAGAGCCACAUAUAUAUCUGACAAAGCUUGGUCAUGCUUACAACAAUAUCUUCAGUCUGCGUCUAGGAAGCGACAAAAUGGUUAUUAUAACUGGUUAUAAAAUGGUGAAGGAGACCCUGGUGACUCAAGCUGAAAACUUUGUGGAUCGGCCCUACAGUUCAUUGAAAGAGCGAGCCUAUUCAGGCAAUGCUGGACUCUUCUUCAGCAAUGGUCAGAUGUGGAAGAAGCAGAGACGGUUUGCUCUGUCCACACUGAGGAACUUUGGCUUGGGAAAGAAAACCAUGGAGCAAGCCAUCUGUGAAGAGAGCCGCUUCCUGUUAGAUGAGAUUGGUAUUCAGAAAGGAGCUGCUUUUGACCCAACUAUCCUGUUCAACAAUGCUGUUUCCAAUAUCAUCUGUCAAAUGGUUUUUGGCCAGAGAUUUGAUUAUACCGACCACCGCUUCAAGUUAAUGCUUAAAUACAUAUCUAAAUGCUUUCAAUUAGAGGGAUCCAUAUGGGGGCAGCUCUACGAAGCAUUUCCAGCCAUUAUGAACCAUCUCCCAGGCCGACACAAUGACAUCUUCAAUGCCUAUAAAUUAUUGUGUGCCUUCAUGAAAGAGGCUGUGGAUAAACACAAGGCAGAAUUGGACCCCUCAGAGCCUCGCGACUACAUCGACAGCUUCCUAAUUGAGAUGAUGGAGAAGCCACAUGCCCCAACAGAUGGUUUUGAUGAGCAGAACCUGGUUGCAUGUGCAUUAGACCUGUUUCUGGCUGGUACAGAAACUACAUCAACUUCAUUGUCCUGGAGUCUCAUCUAUCUCAUUACUAACCCAGAAGUACAGGAGAAGGUCCAGGAAGAGAUAGACAGAGUGAUUGGACAGUUACGGGAACCAAGUAUAGCCGACAGGGCCAACAUGCCCUACACUGACGCUGUGAUCCACGAGAUCUUGAGAUUAGGAGAUAUUGUCCCACUGAAUGGCUUGCGGGUAGCUGAGAAAGACACUACUCUUGGAGAAUGUUUCAUCCCAAAGGGUACAGCAGUGUUACCCAUAUUGCACUCUGUUCUGUUUGAUGAGAAUGAGUGGGAAACACCCAACAAAUUCAACCCUGAGCACUUUCUAGAUAAAGAGGGCAAGUUUGUAAGGCGGGAGGCAUUCAUGCCAUUUUCGGCAGGAAAAAGGGUGUGUCUUGGGGAGCAGCUUGCCAGAAUGGAAUUCUUCCUGUUCUUUGUCAGUUUGUUCCGAAAAUUCCGCUUCUCAGCAGGAGAUGGCGAGAAGCUCAAACUUGAUGGUGUGAUAGGAGUCACACGAACCCCACACCCCUUUAAGAUCCAUGCAACGGUACGGUGAACAAACCAAACUCACUAAAGGAAUUCUACUAUACCAAUAAAUAAUUUCAAUAAAAUUAUAAACUAAA